AUGAUUCAAAAUUCAUCCAUUUCGCUAAUAAACAGACGAUUUGUCGGUCAUAAUAUUGUCAAUCGACAUAAUGUUAAAUUUUUUAUUCGAAUUCUUGUUGGUCUUGCUUUGGCUCAUAUUAUUGGACGUCAAUUUCGACCAAGUGAUGCUGCUCCAAAUAGAAAAUCAAAUUGGAAAUAUCAACUACAAAAAACAACUAUUAAAAAUGUAACAUAUGAUAUUUAUUUAGAAUCAAUUGAUGAUGAAAAACUAUCGACAAUAUCUAUUAGUACUAUUGAGUCAAGUACAGUUGGUUGGCAACCAGGACAAAUGAAAAAUUGUACUGAACCUGCUAUUGAUGAAUUUCCUGAAGAUAUUUUCACACAACUUCAACGACGUCACGGAGCUAUAGUAUUCCAUUUAUUUGCUUGUAUUUAUAUUUUUAUUGCUAUUGCUAUUCUUGUUGAUGAUUAUUUUAUUGCGGCACUUGACAAACUUUGUGCGGCAUUAAAUCUUGAUGAAGAUGUUGCUGGUGCAACAUUUAUGGCUGGUGGAUCAUCAUCACCAGAACUUUUUACUGCUCUUAUUGGAAUAUUUGUGGCUAAAGGUGACGUAGGUGUAGGAACAAUUGUUGGUUCUGCUGUAUUUAAUGUCGUAUGUGUCAUUGGAAUUUGUGGAUUGUUUGUUAAUGGAGUAAAACGUCUUGAUGAAGAAAAUAAUUCAUCAAAAAUUCCAAUUGAUAAUCUUAUUGCAAUGUCACAUAUAUCAUAUGAUUUUGAAACAGCAGCAUUAAAAAUUAUGAUGUCAAGAUAUUUUCGAGGACAUACAAGAUUUAGAAUGGCUGUUCGAUUUGUAAUCAUUCAUAUAAAAUUACGAAAAGGACAAGGUGUUAUUCGUCCAGAUAAACCGAUCAAUGAACGAAGAUUUUCAUUUUAUCAAGGUCGAACACCAAGUUUAUUAGCAAUAGAACAACCUUAUGAUGAUUGGAAAAAUAUUCCUAAUUAUAAUUAUAACCUUAUUGGAUUUAUUAAAUGGAUAUUUCUUUUACCAAUUAGAAUACUCUUCUAUUAUACUAUUCCUGAUUGCCGAAAUCCAAGAUUCUUGAAAUGGUAUCCAUUAACAUUCGUAAUGACUAUUGUUUGGUUAUGUAUAUUAACUUAUCUAAUGGUUUGGAUGGUAACAAUAAUUGGUUUUACAUUUGGUAUACCAGACAGUGUUAUGGGAAUAACAUUUCUUGCAGCGGGUAGCAGUGUUCCAGAUGCACUUAGUAGUGUUUUAGUUGUUCGUCAAGGUAAUAAGUUGAAUUUAAAUGAAAUGAUACAGAAAUUAUAA